AUGGCCGACACUCCCGUUACCCUGCGGACUCGCAAGUUCAUCCGCAACCCCCUGCUUGCUCGUAAGCAGAUGGUCGUUGACGUCCUCCACCCCAACCGCGCCAACGUCUCCAAGGAUGAGCUCCGCGGCAAGCUCGCCGACCUGUACAAGGCCAACAAGGACCAGGUCUCCGUCUUCGGCUUCCGUACGCAAUACGGUGGUGGCAAGAGCACUGGCUUCGCCCUCGUCUACGACUCCCAGGAGGCCCUGAAGAAGUUCGAGCCUCACUACCGUCUCGUCCGUAUCGGAGCUGCCGAGAAGAUCGAGAAGGCCAGCAGACAGCAGCGCAAGCAGCGCAAGAACCGCUCCAAGAAGUUCCGCGGUACCGCCAAGACCAAGGGCCCCAAGAAGUCCAAGAACUAA